CAACUUUACACCACUUGGCGGGUUAUCGAUCGAUAUAUAUUAUGUACAUACCAUUCAGGUUUUUCAGUUUGCAAAAGGAAGUAACCUUAAUCUAAUGAUAUUUUAUAUUUUUAAAUUAUUUUAGUCUAAGUGAUUAAAACUAGAUAUAACAUGGAAGUUUCUGGUAGGAAGGCUACGGAAGACGAAGAAGACACUACUAGAGAAUUCAAUGAACUCUGUGAACCGUGCAAGGAUGAACAAGUUGAGACAAGUGCGAAUGGUAUAUGUCAGGAAUGUAAGGAAUAUAUGUGCAACAGGUGUUUUCGGCAUCAUCUUAAAGCAAGGCUUUGUAGGAAGCAUGUCUUGGUCGUAAACCCUGCUUCGAUGCCGUUGCAGGACACCGACGUUAGUGUUGAGAAAUGUAAACAACACGUGAAUGAAACGAUUAAAUACUACUGUCGUAAGCAUGAAAUUGUAGGAUGUGGUGAUUAUAUGAUUCAAGAGCAAGGUGGUUGUAAACCAGAAUAUAUAAAGGAUGUAUCGAAGAAUUUCCAAGAAAAGGAAUAUUUUAAAACCUUAAUAAAGAAGCUCGAUACAAUGUCAUCUACAAACAAAGAAAGUGAAAAAAACAUCCGAGAUAAUCAAAGAAAAACUAGAUUGAUGCAUGAAAAGGCACUAAAAGAAAUAAGAAAGUUUAGAAAAGACAUUAAUAUGUAUUUGGACAAGGCUGAAAACGAUGCAAUAUCUGAACUAAAUCAUUCAAAGUCUGAAAAUGAAAAACGACUGCACCAGCUGGUGGAAGACUGCGAGGGAAUUUCAGCCAAAAUCAAGGAUUUGAAACAAAAGUUGAACAGUCGAGUCUAUCAAGGCAGCGAAUUAUUCAUUUAUGCAGCUAACUGCAAAUCAGAUGUUCGCGACAUUGAACAUGCUGUUGCUCAGCUUCAGUCCGAUCAGCAGCUAAAAACGUUCACAUUUGUUCCAGAUGAACAGCUGCUUAAAACAAUUGCUUCAGAGAGAAAACUUGGUUGUUUAGAUGUUCCAGCUAUUGAUAACACAACGCUAACGUCUAAAACAAGGAGUCAAAAACCCGCAAACCAGAAAAACAAAACCAAACAGGCCGCCGAGAAGAAAGGAGUUUCAGAUUGGAAUUCACAUGCUGAGUUUGCUAGAGCAUAUUCAAGUUCAGACUUUUCCUAUUUAAAACAGCCCACAGCAGAACAGUUGGCAUUGAACAAUAUAAUUUACACAGACUCGACUGAUGUUGAUGCUGAAAUAAAGGACAAACUCGAACAGAUUAUGGAGAUGACAGGCUGUGCCCAAGACAAGGCUGAAAUAGCUCUUUAUGAUAAUCUAAAUGACACGGAUGAAGCUGUCAAUUCAAUUUUAAUGGGCACCGUAGAUGAGGGUGAAUGGAUCGAUUGGCCACCUAGAAAACAGAAAACCCCAGUAGACCGAGCGAUAAGACAUAUUGAUAACAUAGCGCCAUGGUCUUCUUGGGUACAGGACCGGCCGAUCAGAACUGAUAACAGAUCUGAGCGAAACAAAGAAUCCAGAAAUGAGAUGUUUUCUCGUAGAAGAGGACGAGGACGAAGGUUUUAAUCAUGGUGAUGACGAGAGCGGGACAGGAACUCAUGUGAUAAUAUCAGUCUCUCAGUGACUCUCAGUCCUUAAACAGUGUCAAAAGACUCUUGUUAUACCAGUCUGCUAUUGAUUUUCUUGAUUGCAUUCUAUGCUUUCAAAGUAUCUGUCUGAGGUUUUCUUAUCUAUCAUAACAGCAGUCGUGUCAUGAAUCAGUGCUUAGAGCACGAACGCUGGAUGAUGUACAUUUCAUUACCUUUCAUUACCAGCCUCUGCUAUUAUUUUGCUUAGUUACAUUCCAUGCUUCCAAAGAACCAUUCUAUAUAUUGUACAUCUCAACACAGUAGAGUUUCAGUGUCAUGUGCUGUUAGAGGUCGUAACAGGUGUUGGACGCGUCGUUACCUCUCGGGCACAGAUACAAUCAAACCGACAUCACUAUUUUAGUGCUUGCCUACGUUAUAUGCUUCGUAAUGAUCUUUCUGUAUGUCGGUUUUAUCCUCCGCUUGAUAGAAUCUCACUUAAGCCGGUGCUAGGCUGCGUGAGGGUGCAGCAAGUUUCACAACCUCUUUUGAACAGACUCGUUCAAACUGAGUCUGUUAUUAAUUUGCCAGGUUGUGGCAUGUGCUGUCAAAGUUUUAACAUAAGGUUUAAAAGUUAAUAAACCAAUAUCAGAAUAGAUAUUAGAUCUUAAA